UUUUUUUUUUUUUUUUUUGAUUGCAGAAGAUAAUCGCGGGAGGGAUGAAGAAAUAAAGUCCCAAAGUCUGGAGCUCAGAGUAUGUCCAAACCGAUGGAUCACGUCAAGCGCCCGAUGAACGCCUUCAUGGUGUGGUCUCGAGCCCAGAGGAGGAAAAUGGCCCAGGAGAACCCCAAAAUGCACAACUCGGAGAUCAGCAAACGUCUGGGCGCGGAGUGGAAACUUCUGAGCGAGGCGGAGAAGAGGCCGUUCAUCGACGAAGCCAAGCGGCUGCGGGCCAUGCACAUGAAGGAGCACCCCGACUACAAGUACCGACCCCGGCGGAAGCCCAAGACCCUCAUGAAGAAGGACAAGUUCGCCUUCCCGGUGCCCUACAACCUCGGGGAACACGACGCGCUCAAAGUGGGCGGCCUGUCUGCGGGAGCGCUGCCCGAAAGUCUCAUCGGCAACCCGGACAAGGCGGCGGCUGCGGCCGCGGCGGCUGCGGCCCGGGUCUUUUUCAACCCGUCCGUGUCCACGAACCCUUACUCCUUUUUCGACCUGGGCUCCAAGAUGAGCGAGCUCUCGCCGCACUCCUUCCCCUACGCGUCGCCGCUGGGCUACCCGCCGAGCGCCGCCGGUGCUUUCGCGGGGACCGGCGGCGUGGGCGGCGGCGGCCCCGGUGCGCACACCCACUCCCACCCGUCCCCCGGCAACCCCGGCUACAUGAUCCCCUGCAACUGCACGGCCUGGCCCUCCGCCGGCCUGCAGCCGCCGCUCGCCUACAUCCUGCUCCCCGGGAUGGGGAAGCCUCAACUCGAACCUUACCCCGCCUACGCGGCGGCCUUAUGAUCCGCCCCCGCACGCCGCCAUUCAAACCCACGAAAAAAAAAAAAAAAAAAA